AUGUCUCGUCUUAAAAAAUGUCUUAUUUUAUUUAUCUUUAUCUAUAUCUGUUGCUUUAUUUUUGUUCAAGGAACUGAUUUUGAUAUCGUAAACCAGUGUCCAUACACUGUUUGGGCCGCUGCUUCACCUGGUGGAGGUAAACGACUUGAAACUGGUGAACGUUGGCCGGUCAAAGUGCAACCUGGAACAGAUAAAGCUCGCAUAUGGGGACGAACUGGUUGCAAUUUUGAUGCCAACGGAAAAGGGAAAUGUGAUACUGGUGAUUGCAACGGAAUGCUUGAAUGCCAAGAUUUGGGGGCACCACCCAACAUGGUAGCUGAGUUGAUUCCUGGUGCCAACAAUCUUGAUUUUAUAGAUAUGUCUGUUAUUAAUGGAUUUAAUGUUCCAAUGGAAUUUAGCCCAGUUGGUGCUCCAUGCAAGACAAUAAAGUGUAAUGCUGACAUCAUCGGUCAAUGCCCUGAAAAAUUACGAACCAAAGGAGGAUGCAACAACGCUUGCGUAGUUUUCAAAACUGCUCAAUAUUGUUGCCCUGUUGCGACCAUGUGUGGACCAAACGAGUAUUCUAAAUUCUUCAAAGAGAGAUGCCCAGAUACUUAUACUUAUCCUAAUGAUGACCAGACUGGUCUAGUUACUUGCCCUAGUGGUACCAACUAUAGGAUUGUGUUUUCCAAUUUCGAUGUAGUAAACCAAUGUCCAUAUACUGUUUGGGCCGCUGCCUCACCUGGUGGAGGCAAACGGCUUGAAACAGGGCAAACCUGGCCAGUCGUGGUGGCACCUGGAACCGCUAAGGCUCGUAUUUGGGGACGAACUGGGUGUACUUUUGAUGCCAGUGGGAAAGGAAAGUGUGAUACUGGUGAUUGCAAUGGAAUGCUUGAAUGCCAGGGUUAUGGGGCGCCACCUAACACCUUAGCCGAGUUGGCUCUUAACCAAGACAGUAAUAAUGACUUUGUUGACAUAUCUGUUGUUGAUGGAUUUAAUAUCCCAAUGGAGUUUAGCCCGGUUGGUGCUUCGUGUAAGACAAUGAGGUGUGCGGAUCCUAACAUCAAUGCUCAAUGCCCUGAGAAACUGCGAACCAAAGGGGGAUGCAAUAACCCUUGCACAGUUUUCAAAACUGUCGAGUAUUGUUGCACCAUUGAGUAUGGUAGUUGUGGUCCAACUGAGUAUUCCAAGUUCUUCAAAGACAGGUGCCCUGAUGCUUAUAGUUUCCCUCAAGACGACAAGACCAGUCUAUUUACUUGCCCUGGUGGCACCAACUACAAAGUGGUGUUCUGCCCAUGAACUCAUUUAGUAAAACUAUCUCUACGACGUUUUAAGAUAACAGUGUUGGAAUAAGAAGGGUUUAACCUCAUCGAUUAUGGCUUCUCGAGUCUAGCUAAAGAAAGAAAAGGACAUUUCCACCCAUACCAAACAUUCGUUUGGUUCUUGUAUUACUGGAAAUUCUCGAGUAUUCAAUAAAUAUGUGAUGGUCUU